AUGAGUUUACGAGCAUUCUGUCUAUUUGCCAUCCUUGUCCUUGUUCUCAUGUUCACCAACAUUCUGGCUUCAGAAUUUUCCACCAUGACCAUGACCAGUUUAGGAAACGAGACUGAUCGAUAUGCUUUGCUUGAGUUCAAGAAACAAAUUACUGACGAUCCCCUUGAAGCACUAAGUUCUUGGAACGACUCUCUCCAUUUCUGCCAUUGGCGAGGUGUCACAUGUGGUCGUCGGCAUCAACGAGUCGUGUCCUUGUAUUUAGAGGGGCAACGCUUGGUUGGAACGUUAUCUCCUUACAUUGGGAAUCUCACAUUUCUUCGUUCCAUCAAUCUCGACAAUUAUAGCUUCCGUGGAACCAUCCCCCAAGAAGUUGGUCGUCUGUUCCGGCUGCAAUAUAUCAGUCUGACCAAUAACACCUUCAGAGGAGAACUCCCAAUCAAUCUGACCCAGUGCAACAAUCUCAAGAUGCUGAGUAUAAGGAACAACAAACUUAGUGGAAUGAUUCCACCUGAACUUGGGUUCAUGCCCAAGCUCUCGGAAAUCCAUCUCAACAAAAAUUACUUUACUGGACGAAUCCCACCUUCUUUGAGUAACCUGUCUACGCUCACAGGUCUAAUUUUAUCAUUUAAUGGCUUGGAAGGAAGCAUUCCUGAAGAACUCGGCAAAUUGACGGGGUUAGAAUAUAUCAUGAUUGGUGUUAACAAUUUGUCUGGUAUGUUCCCUCACUCCUUGUACAAUUUAUCAUCUCUCAACCAUAUUGGUCUCACAUACAACCAAAUUCAUGGAAGCUUCCCACCAAACAUAGGCCUUACACUUCCGAACCUCAAUCGCCUCCAAGUUGAAUUUAACCAAUUUACUGGAGAAAUUCCAGUUUCCUUUGGCAAUAUUUCAGGACUAGAAAUAUUUAGUGCCGGUGGAAACAAUUUGUUUGGACCAAUCCAUGUUGACUUUGGUGGUCUUAAGGAUCUCUGGACUCUAGCAAUUGCUUGGAAUAAACUUGGAGCAGGGAAAGAAGAUGAUUUGGGUUUUCUCACUUCUUUGACCAACUCUACCAGACUAGAGAAAUUGGAACUGUUUGGUAAUAAUUUUGGAGGCACGUUGCCAAACUCUAUAGGCAAUUUCUCAACUACAAUUCAAUAUUUUUUGCUUGAAAAAAACCAAAUAUCUGGAAACAUCCCCUUGGGAAUAGAAAACCUCAUCAACUUGAGCAUUUUGUCCUUGAGGGACAACUUAUUAUCAGGUAGCAUUCCCCCUGGUAUUGGAAAACUAAAGAACUUGAGAGUAUUGGACAUGCAAAACAACACACUCUCAGGAGAGAUUCCUUCCUCUUUGGGCAAUCUCACUUUUCUGUAUUAUCUUUCUUUGAAAAACAACAAACUUACAGGAAGUAUUCCUUCUAGCCUUGGAAAUUGUCAGCAUCUAAAAAUUGUGUUCCUUUCUCAUAACAAUCUGGUUGGUAUCAUACCAAAAGAAGUCUUUGGUCUUUCUUCCCUAUCACAUUUCUACUUGCAUUUUAAUUCACUGUCUAGUCCCAUACAUUUGGAAAUAGGAAAGUUGCAGAGUAUUGAAGAAUUGACCUUCUUUGGAAACAAAUUGUCUGGUAAAAUCCCCAACAGUAUUGGAAAUUGUCUUAGUUUACAUAAACUAUAUAUGGGAGAUAACCUUUUGGAGGGAAAUAUUCCUCCAUCACUAAGUUCAUUAAAGGGGAUUGAAGUACUAGAUCUUUCACAAAACAACUUAUCAGGACAAAUUCCAAAAGAUCUAGAAAACCUUCAAUAUUUACAGAAAUUGAAUUUGUCUUUCAACAAUCUUGAGGGUGAGGUGCCAACAGAAGGAGUAUUUGGAAAUGCAAGUGCAAUUUCAGUGGAUGGAAAUGAUAAGCUUUGUGGAGGAAUCAUUGAACUACACUUGCCAACCUGCUCAACUACUGAUUUGAAAAGAAAAAAUACCAUGUCCAAAAAAGUGAGGGCCAUAAUGAUUGUGGUUCCAGUUUUUCUUUUGAUUUGCUCUUUGGCUGUGUAUAAAGGAAUCCUCAAUCAGGUUGACAAAGUUGUUGCGAUAAAAGUUCUCAACCUUCAACAACCAAGAGCUUCCAAGAGCUUCAUGACUGAGUGCAGUGCAUUGAGGAACAUUCGCCACAGGAAUCUUGUCAAGAUACUUACUUCUUGCUCAAGUCUGGAUUCAAAAGGCAAUGAUUUCAAAGCCCUGGUUUUUGAGUUUAUGUCCAAUGGCAGCCUAGAGAUGUGGUUGCAUCCAGACAUGGAUGUACAGAACAAUCUCAGGGAAUUAAACAUCCUUCAAAGGCUAAAUAUUGCAACUGAUGUGGCUUCAGUAAUGGAUUAUCUUCAUCAUCACUGCCAAAUCCCAGUUGUUCACUGUGAUCUAAAGCCAAGCAACAUUCUUCUUGAUGAUGAUAUGAGUGCUCAUAGUAUGGCACAAGUGGCGAGGUGUCAACACAUGGGGAUGUGUACAGCUAUGGAAUCCUCUUACUGGAGAUGUUCACAGGAAAAAGACCAACAGAUGAAAUGUUCAAAGCUCCAUAGAUUUGCAAAGAUGGCUUUUCCUGAAGAAGUGAUGAAAAUUUUGGACCCAAAACUUCUACCCAUGAAUGGAGUAGGAGAAGAAACAGAAGAGGAAACCAGGUUAAACUUUGGAAGUCUUGGUAAUGUGAUGGAUAAAUUGCAAGAGUUUAUUGCUCCAGUGAUAAGAAUUGGAAUCCAAUGUUCUGCUGAAUCUCCUAAAGAACGAAUGGACAUAAAUGAUGUCGCCAGGGAAUUAAAUCAGAUCAGAGAAGCCUUUCUUGGCAUCGUCAUUGAAGCACAUCAAGUGAGACCAACUAUACAAUCAUACUAA